GAGAGAGAGAGAGACCAGUCAAACGUCCUUCUGGCCUUAUUAUGUUGGGUUUGUCUCUAUCUAUUGUAUGCCUUCAUAAACAGAGACACGACAGAAGUUUGAGAGCACAAAAUAGUCUUGAAACCAGAGGCAUCAAGAAAACAAGAAAGGGUGGUCAUGGCAGAAAUGAAGAGGAGUGCUCCCAGAGGAUGCAUCAAGGGCAGCAAAGGGCCUUGGCUGGUUCACAAAACCACCAAAGAAGGUCACGUCGUCACGAAACUGCGUUUCCCGUCGGAGAGAGAGCGUCAGAAGAACAAGCAAAGGGAGCGAAGCAGGCGAGCUGUGGCCCAGAAGAUUUUCACCGGGCUUCGAACGCACGGGAACUACAAACUUCCCAAGCAUGCCGAUAACAACGACAUACUGAAGGCUCUCUGCGAGGAAGCUGGGUGGCACGUUGAAGAAGAUGGAACCAUCUUCAAGAAGCAUCCCACGUUGGAGAUACCGAGCUUGAUCAACAUACGAUCGCGCGAAGUUUCCAUGGAUGCUGAAUCGGGAGAGCAAGAAUACUGCACUUGUUUCGACCGAAUUGGUUUUCAAAUUGUCGGAGACAUUCAGCCAAAAAGCUACUCUUUCGAGCAGACGGCCGCGCGAGGGAGGGGAUAUUAACUUGGCUCUGUUAACUCUUGUAUUUUUCAAUCAGACAAUGAAAGAGGAGGAUGAUAGGACAUAGAAGUGCAAUCACAACUUUAGGGUUUUUUUU